AUGGCUCAGUACACGGGUCCUACACACCCUCACGGUCCUCCAAAGCAGUUUGUUCUCUGCUUUGAUGGCACGGGCAACAAAUUUGCAGGUGAUGAAUCCGAUAGUAAUGUGUUGAAAAUCUUUCGCAUGCUGGAUCGUAGCCAGAGCCACCAAUAUCACUACUACCAACCCGGAAUCGGCACCUACGUGACCACCAAAUCACUCAGCAGCCAUGGUCGCAUCCAGCGCAUCAAGUCCUGGUACCAAAAGGCCAAGGAUUCGGCCAUCGGCUCCUCAUUCGACGAACAUGUCAUGGGCGGCUACAAAUUCUUGAUGCGAUACUAUUCCCCUGGCGACGAGAUUUAUUUCAUCGGUUUCAGUCGCGGCGCAUACAUUGCGCGAUUCCUGGCCGAGAUGUUAGACUAUAUCGGCCUACUGGAAGCCGGCAACGAAGAGCUCAUCCGAUUUGCCUGGAAGACCUUUGCGAAAUGGCAGCAGCGCGCAGGUGAGCAUGAGAGGGAGAAAGAUGAGAAGCAAAAACUCUUCGACUAUAUGAAAGCCUUCCGAGAAACCUUCAGUCGUCCGAUUUCGCGCAUUCGCUUCAUGGGCCUCUUCGAUACCGUCAAUAGUGUCCCUCGCUUUGAAAAUGCCUGGAUGCAACGCAGCAAGUUCCCCUAUACCGCGCGCAGUUCCGCCAAAGUAAUUCGUCACGCCGUCGGCAUUGACGAGCGCCGAGCCAAGUUCCGUCAGGAUCUCAUCUCGGGUCCGAGGCCACAUGGUAAAGAGCACAAGCGACACCGCCAUCAUCUGGAUCCGCGCCGUCUGGAGCACCAUUUGAUGACGCGACAUGUCGAUGCACACAAUCACCUGCACAUCCGCCAUCAAGACCACCCCCACGAGGUCUGCGCUGAACCGGAGGUCCCUGCCAUCACGGUGAAUGACAAUGGCGAGGUACCUCAGAAUGGCGAUGUCGACCCCGGCGCACCAGUGCCCACCUUUGAGUUCCCCGGAUGGGGUCCCGCUGCUGGAGAGUCAUAUUACCAUGCCCCCCACCACUCAUCGAACCAGGGUAGCGAGAGUAACGUAGGCGAAAAGAGCGCCCCGCGCUAUCGUGCACCAUCCCCACGACGCAACAGUCUCGCUGUGCCAAAGCCCGCCCCCUCGGUCGAUGACCUCCAGUCCGUCCGCAGUGGGCAGUCAGGUAACCUAUCGAUCCAGGUCCCCAGUCAAUACUGCGACGAGUCCGAGGAUGAGGACGAUCAGGACAUUCACGAGGUCUGGUUCCCGGGCUGCCACGCUGAUAUCGGCGGAGGCUGGAAGCUGGAAGGUGGCGAGAAGUGGGCUCUCAGCCACGCACCUCUUGUCUGGAUGGUGCAGGAGGCUCAAAAGGCUGGUCUGGAACUAGACGAGCGCAAGAUGAAGCAGUUCCAGUGUCUGGAAGAGUUCGAUGGUGACUACACACCCAUUCAGCAGGAUAUUACCGCACGCCGACCCAGCCAGUGUGUUGAGAACCACCAUGAUAACCCUGAUGCAUUCCGCAUCUCGCCCGACGAGAAGGGUCGCUCGGCUGCGAGUCGCGACUUCUGGCACGCACUGAACACGUCCAGCACCAAGGGCUCCUUGCACGACUGCUUGAUGUUCAAUCAGGGCCUACCACAUAUGUCGGUCAUCUCGUGGCGAAUCAUGGAAUGGCUACCCUUCCGCCGCAUGGACUUGCAAGAAGACGGGUCAUGGAAGCCGAUUUGUUGGCCCCUACCGCGCGGUGAAGUGCGAGAUGUGCCACUCGACGCGGAGAUCCACGUCUCAGCCAUCCGUCGCAUGCAAGCCGAUCCCAAGUAUCGCCCAGGUAACGUUAUCGUCGGUGGUGGCGGUCGUGGUGUGCGUAUCGCGCCGGAAUCGUAUGGUAUGGGCGAAUGGAUCGUUCUCAAGAAUGAGGGUGAUGGUGUUCGCGAGACGUACGUUCGUAAGAGCGUGGCGACGAAGUGUAGGGAGGCACUGGAGCAGAAGCAGAAGAGGGAACACUGUGCGGUGCAUUGUACGAUGCCUUGA